CAUGACCCUCGUUCCGGUGUUCGCGCUCUCUCUCGCCCAUCCCAACCGUUGACUCCCAUUGAUCGAUCCUUCACUCGCUCGGCAUGCAUCGACUCGCAGCCACAUUCGUCACCACCUCCCUAUAGACCCAAGAGGAAUACGCCGUCUCAGUCGAGCUUGGCCAUGAGCAUUUCGUGCUCCCACGCAUGCUAGACAGGCGUCAUGGAGGGAAUUGAAUGUCCUGUGUGCGCGUAGUUGGUGGUGGGGGCUCUGUAGGUGAGCAUAAGUUUUAUCGCUCGAAUCCAACUCGAAUCACAACCUGUCUGAACGCCUGCGCUUUCUCCGCCCGUCGCUGCUGCGGCUCGUACAUAUCAAACUCUUCUCCCAUCGUGCCAUCAAGCCCUAACGGCUCUUCCCAAAACGUGUCAACAGCUCGAAACUCGGGUGCGUGUCUUUUCUCUGUCUGCGCAGACGAUACACCUAGGACAUCACCGCAGCCCCUGCCCACGAUCCCGGGGCGUUCCAAGGCCACCGGCGACAUGGACAAUACGACAGCGCGUCCUGCAGUCGACGGUAGAGAAAAGGAAACAAGGGGCUCAAACGGCCGAGAGAGGACACGAUUCUACCGUCUCUCAGAUGCACGCAAUGCGUCCCGUGGGGUUGUCUGCUCGUGUCCUAUUUGUGUCCUAUGGCCCUUUCCGACACCUCACUACCUUCCCGACUUACCACCGCCCUCCUGCUUCAUUGCCCCGCCCUCUAUUCCUCUCGGACACACCGAAUGCGUGCUGAGCAUGAAGUACGUACGCAUGACAACCCUGCGUAAGAGCUGGGUGGUCUGUUCACGUCCUACGGCCCCCCGCUACCCUGCACACCCAGCAUGCAAACACGAAAGGAGACGACAGACCAUGAGCUCGCGAGCAUCCGAGCGGACGACAUGGCAACAAGACGGGCGAGCGAGUGCAUAAGAGAACGGGCGGGCAAGAUGGCGUCCGUGCAAGCAGACGGGUGGUCGAGAAGACGGGGGACGGGAUCGCAAGAGGUCGUGCAGGCGAGACGGCGAGAGGACGUGCGGUCGAGCAGAGAAGAGGACGAGAUGACAGGCACCUGAGAUGGCGGGAGCACGAGGCGGCAAGCGGACGUGCGAGCGAGGUGACGGGCUGACCAGAGUGCAAGAAGUCAGGCAGGUGAGCGGGUCGGCGGAAUAGCUAGUGACAGGGCGGACAGGCGGACGGACGGAAGAACAACAGAGGAAGCAAGUCA